UCUGCUGAAAUACAUUUUGUACAUAUAUGCGCGAAUUGGAUGUGAGGCUGGGCUGUUCUAUGAUAUGUUAUGAAUUACAAUUCAUAUUAUAUGUCACGAAUUUGCAAAACGUACAACAGGGGAAGGGUUAGCUAACAUACAAAAUAGAGAAAAAGUACUAAGUAGUUGAAAAGUUGCUAAUUUGUUAAAAUGCUAAAGUUGUCUGCGAUGACAUUUGAACCCACAACCUUUGGGUUGCUAGACAUUCAGGUUGUAUGCCUACCCAUCCACUCUGACCAACUAACCUACUUUAGCAUUUGCUCUAACAAUCUGUUUUAUGUAACCAUACCAAAUUUACUUUAUCACACUAAUUUGAGUGUACCGGAUUUAUGUUUACUAUGUUAAGUCUAGUCUAUGAGACCAGGCUGGUAUGAAAGCCAGUAGUGUUUCUUAUGCUAAUGGCAUGCUGAAUCAGGUAACAACACAUCCAUUAUGUGAGUUGCGAGAGGAGAGGCGGAGGAAUCACCGGGGCGGACUCGUGGAUCCUGUUCCUGUCAGAGUAUACAUACACACACACACACACACACAUACACACUCUUUAGGCUCGUGUUCACGGACUCAGGAGCUCGAAGACCGGUCCAGGUUUGGGUACCGCACCGUGCGCUUCAGCGAACCCCUCCGCUGGAAUUAAGAGAAAUGGAUGAAUGAAACUGAAAGCAGGUUUCCCACAAACUUGGUCCGGAACGUGCACCCCGAACUCCUCUCCAAUGACAUCUGGGACUGGUUUUGCGUGCUCUCCUCCUUUCUCUCAGGGAUGGACCUGAUGAUGGGGUUAUGAAGGCAACUCAUGGAAGAUAUAUACACCAUGAAGAAACUGCGAACAACCAAAAAUGUUCAUUCACUUUCUUUUAAGGGAUGUGGUUUGUGUUCUCACUCUAUGCAGUUUACUCAAUCAGGUCCAGGAAGACUAGUCAUGUGUCAUCACCCCUCAACAUGAGUCCAGUGGAAUAAACAACGAAUCCCAGACAGACAUUCUCUCAGUGGCCUGUAAUGCAACAGCAGCAUCAGACAGGAAGGAAAGAGCAGGGUGCACAGAGAAAGUAGUGAGACCAUAUGUGAUAUGAGUCACUGGUGAAUGGCGUCUGUUACCAAUGACCGGAUCGGAAAUAGAAAUAGCCAGGUUCUGGACCUCGUCAAUCCUUACUGGGUCCCAGCCAGUGGGGAAGGAGAAGGAGACGUGACCAAUGGGCCUCACCCUUGACCGCAAACAUAAGGAUGAGGAAUCCAGACAAUGGUAUGAGCAAUGUUGAGAUGUCCCUUAUAAUGGCCCAAAUGAUCAUUCAGGCGGAUCUUCUUUGGUUAGUCAGACAUUAAUAUCAAUCACAAAGACAAUCAUAUUUUAGUGGGCGGUGAGACUGCUGGAGGGUAAGGUGUGUGUGUGUAUCCCUGGAUCCUCUGGGUGAUAGCGGGAUGCUGCGGAGGGGUCUGCUGGCCUGGGUGUCCCGUGUGGGCGUGCUAUUGGUCCUAGUGUGCUGCUCUCUGUCCCUCCUCUACGUCAUGACCUGCAGCCCCCACUCCGAGGACAACCUGGUGAGCCACGCCCUGCCACGCCCCGGGCUGGGGGUAGGGGCAGCAGGGGGCAUAGGGGCGGGUCAGAGCGGACCCCCGGGGCGGGAGGACUACCAGGCCAUGCUAGCGGAGCGCGAGGAGCAGCACAAGCUACACAUGGCGAGUCUGAAGAAGCAGAUCGCCCAGUUAAAAGAAGCACUGCAGGAGCGUAGUGAGCAGCUCAAAGGAGUUCAAGACACAAUGGAACGGGCGGCUGGGAGAGGCCAGGGCGGACAGUCCCCAGGAGGAGGUGCCCUCGGGGAGGGGGGCCAGGGGCCUGGGGCUGACAGGAGCCACACGGACCUCCAGGAGUUCCUCCGCAGUCAGCUGGGCCGGGCGGAGGUCCACCAGGGGACCAGACUACCCAAUGAGUACGCCGUGGUGCCCUUUGAGAGCUUCACCCUGCAGAGGGUGUACCAGCUGGAGAUGGGCCUGACCAGGCACCCUGAGGAGAAGCCCGUGAGGAAGGACCGGAGGGAUGAGCUGAGUGAAGCGCUGGAGACAGCCCUGCGGAGCCUCAACACACCCCGAGACGGAACAGACAAGGGCCGGACCACCAAGGUCUACUCCCCAUCAGACUUCAUAGAAGGUAUCGCUCGGACGGAGAAGGACAAAGGCACUCUGUAUGAGCUCACCUUCAAAGGGGACCAGAGCCGUGAGUUCAGGAAGCUGGUUCUGUUCCGUCCCUUUGGGCCCCUGAUGAAGGUGAAGAACGAGAGGGUGGACACGGCUAACGUCCCCAUCAACAUCAUAGUGCCCCUCUCCCAGAGGGCCGACAAGUUCAGACACUUCAUGCACAACUUCAGAGAGGUGUGUGUGCGGCAGGAUGGGCGUGUCCACCUCACAGUGGUAUAUUUUGGGAAGGACCAGAUGAAUGAAGUCCGGAGCACCCUGGAGAACACGUCUAGGGAGAUCAACUUUAAGAACUUCUCCCUGCUCCAGCUGAAUGAGGAGUUCUCCAGGGGACGUGGCCUGGAUGUGGGCGCCAGGGCGUGGAAGGGAGGAAACGUCCUCCUCUUCUUCUGUGACGUCGACAUCUACUUUACCGCCGACUUCCUGAACACCUGCCGUCUCAAUGCUCAACCUGGUAAGAAGGUCUUCUAUCCUGUUCUGUUCAGCCAGUAUAACCCAACCCUGAUCUACGGUAAUCAUGACCACAUCCCGCCAGUUGAACAGCAGCUGGUGAUUAAAAAGGACACAGGAUUAUGGAGAGACUUUGGCUUCGGAAUGACGUGCCAGUACAGAUCAGAUUUCAUCAACAUAGGUGGUUUUGACGUGGACAUCAAAGGUUGGGGUGGUGAGGAUGUUCACCUUUACAGGAAGUACCUGCACAGCAACCUGCUGGUGGUCCGGUCCCCAUCGCGGGGCCUCUUCCACCUGUGGCACGAGAAGCGCUGUGCUGACGAGCUGCCCCCGGAGCAGUACAGGAUGUGCAUGCAGUCCAAGGCCAUGAACGAAGCCUCACACGGCCAGCUGGGCAUGCUCUUCUUCCGACACGAGAUCGAGGCACACUUGCGUAAGCAGAAACCCCAGCGGUCCAUUGCCAAAAAGACAUGAGGGGAAUCACACAGGAAUCUAGACUACGGGAGGAGGGCAUGACAGUAUGACAGUCAGAGACAGUGAGGGGGGGAAACAACAACAAAACAGAGAUCUUCUGUUAUGAACAGUGAUGACAUAACAGUACUGACUCACUAUAGAGGAAAAACACUCCAAUAUAUCCUCCCUUUUGUUGUGCCAAAAAGGGCAUAACAAAAUACACCUAAGACACCUGCCGUUACUUGAAGAAGUGCAAGCACUGUGAAGACGACAGUUAAAAUGGCCAGCAGAAGUAUUGUAUUGACUGCUCCUCUGUGUUUUGGUCUAAAAUCAUGUGCCUCAUGUUGACUGACUGACAGCUGUGGCAUUGCUGGUUUCUUGAAGGAGGCUGGAGGAAGACUGGAACACGAUUUCCCUGUGUCUUACUAGAGCCACCUUGUGGACAGGAGGAAAACAGCAUGACAGUGAAGGGAAUGUGGACACUGAAGCUCAAGUCAUGUAACCUGGUUACAUGACAAUACACUCAGACAGAUGGUCAAUCAAUAAAUGAAAACAGGUGUUAGUGAUGCUUAUUUAGCGAGCCAAUGACAACAACAAAGGAGGGACACGGACACUGUUAGACAUUCAUUAUUUCUCAAGCUCCACAGAAUCAUUAUGGUGCUCUGCUUUUUCACGAGUUUUAUUAAUCCUGCCUGCAUGUGCUUUUAUGUGGUUUUUCAUCAUCAAGAAACAAAACAGUGCAGUUUUGUCUUGUUUGAAGGGUCAAAAUAAAUAUACUAUAUUUUUUUACACUGGGCAGUAUUUUGGUUCACAGUUUGAGAAUGAAGCUACAGUACAUGUAUGACGAAGAUUAUAUGGCCCUGAGAGAAAAUAUGGGUACAGUGUCCUUUGUUUUGAGUAUAGGCUAACAUUGUGCAAAUAAUAUAUUUUAGAAUAGAUGUAUUACACUUCUGUUCCAUAAUUAAGUUAUCCAGUGAUAAAAUUACAGAAUGAAUUUCACACAACUUUUGUUGGAAAAAGAAAAUGCUUAUUUAAUAUUAACAAUUGUUAGCUACAUCACUCAUUUGCCUAUUCUUUCUUAGAAGCUGAAAUGGCGGUGGCUUGACACAAGUCUACAUGAGCCAAAUUAAGUUUAGUGGUAGUAUAAUGCUUCCGUGUCUACAGAGCACUAUAAGACCAGGACAAGGAAGGGUAGGAAAAGGCCUGUAUGAAAGUGCAAAUACAAUCUGAAAUGGAAUGUUAAUAUGGAAAGAGGGUCUGAUAUUUGAACAUGGCAAAUUGUUUUGACGUUAAUCCUGAUGGAUUUCUACUGAGAGUAUUUCUUCGGAGAUGUAUAGCCUAUAGAUAAAUACAUUCUCACAGGCUUGACAUUCACAGCGAGUGACAAUUGAUUUUAUGCCUUUAUUUAACGAGCUCACUUAAUCGUCUUAAAAUAAAUAUUGAGAGAUUUGAUUUAAUUCCCAGGUCUUUCGUUUUCAAGAAAGCACUUGGGUUGCUUCACAUGGAAGAAUUUGUAUGAACCUACAUUUGUGUCGGAUGACCAAAACCUGUAAAAAGAGUCAGGAGGAUGCACCUUUUAAAUUGUUUUACGUUUUAUUGUUUCGUGAAAGGAUACGUCUAUCUGUUAAUAAUAAAUAUAACUUUUCUGAUGAA